AUGCGCGUUUUCGCCUUCAACGAGGAUUGUGCCGCUGAGGGACGAUUCCCUGGUCCGGGAGGUACCGAUCUACGGAGGAGGGUGAACGGAAUAGCCCUCGAAGCCUAUGAGAUGGGACGGAGCGGAGCGUCAGACGGUGAGGCUUCAGGUUUGAUUUCGGAGGAAAUUCCGAAGGGUGCAGGGUAUCUCGAGCGGAAAUGA